AUGGUGCCCGCACGACAUAACGCACAUGACAACAAAGCGUUUUUUAACUCCAAGGAAGAAGACCUGUUUUACUUAUUCAAAAAUCCCAGCACGGCAGAGAGUCAUAGAAAAAAGGUGAAAAUUAAAUCCUUGGACGAGCUGAUCUGCGGGUUUUUGCGCGACAAAAGAGGCAUUUUCGAGAAAUACAGUCCGUGUGAGUUAGAUUGCCAAAAUGGGGAGGGUUACGCGGCGGAUGGCGCAGCGGGUGAACCAAACAAGGCCAACCCAGCGGACGAACCGAACAAAAACGCGGGCGCCCCAAAGCAAAAGAAACUUCCCUCCAUCCGCAUAAACGACCAGUACAACGACCUCAUAUUCCUGUCGAGGAAAGGCAUGGGCAGCGAGCGCUUCCAUUUAAAAAAAAUCCAAAAGGCAUGCACCAACGUGUGCAACAGCUUAAAAUUUUACAAGGCAGAAAAUCAUGACACGCAUAAAUUUAGGCCAACAAAUAUAGACACAGACAUUAUAAAAAUAAAACACGAUUUGGAUGUACUCCAAUAUAGCGAUCACACAAUUUGCCCCGGCAACGAUGUCGAAAAAACAGCCCUACGAAUGGUACAGGAAAAAUGUAAAAAAAUUGUCCAAGGAUUAAAUUUUAAUUGCGAUUCGGUGGAUGUAGCUGAAGUUAUCGAUAUCCUAAAUGUCAUUACCACUCCAGAUUUUGAUGAAAGACUAGACAAAUGCAAGUACUUGAAAUUAUUUUUAAAUAAAUAUCAUUAUGUGUAUCCUUAUGAGGACAUUACUGGGUUGAGAAAAAUUAGAAGGUACAUCAGAUCGAAACAUUUGACACGAGGAGAUUUUUACAUCGACCAGAAUGACAUUUCGAAAUUUUAUUUAAAAACCAACUUGGAGAAAAUUAUGAAAAAUGAGCAAUUUAUAAAUAAUAUGCUAAAUUUGCACAUAGACAAUGGGAAGUUUUGGAUUCAGAUUGUGCACAACAUAUGGAUUCCUCUCGCCAUGGAAAUUUUCAACAGCACACGUAAUUCGUUUUAUUCCUAUCUAAUGAAUUACGACAGUGAUGCGUCUGUGCUGGAUCAGUAUGUCUAUUCGCGCACGAACGGGAAGUUCUACAAGUUCAGCCACUACAUUUUUACGGGCGCCCUGUUCAGCGGAGUCCCCAGCAUCUACCGACUGCUCAUGCGCCUCCACGCGUACAAGUACAGCGAAGUGCGAAUCAACAUGACGCUGGAAAAGAACAGCAGCAACAUUUACAACGACGUCGUCAUAUCGAGCCUGAACUACCACAUUGACGUGAUAAGAAACCUAUUCCCCUUCUUCAAGGAGUACAAAAAUAUCGACAUGGAAAAAAUCGUCGAGAGCUUCUUCGACUCGGCCUUUUUCAACAUAAUCAUGAAUUCGUUAAGAAAAAAAAACAUUGAGAACGUAACGGUCAGCCAAAAGUACUUAACUUUUAUCAACUCAUUUUUCUUAAUGAUAACAGAAUUCCUAUACGGAGUAUCCAACAAAAAUUUCCUGGAAAGAAUAAACGAAAAUCAGAUCAAACUGCUAGACAUAUUAAAAGAAAUUUUUUAUGACGACAUGAAUAUCCUCAUAGGGAGAGACGUAUUGCUAUUCGUCGCAGAUUUAUUGUGUCUAUACAAACUAAGAUCAAUUUAUAUAAAAAAAAUAUUGCGAGCAUAUUCUACACAUGACGAAAAUUAUUAAAUGAAAAUACGUGGAAGCAGAGAACAAACAGUAAGCGAUAACAUUAUGUUGCAAGAAUUGACAAUCGUGAACAGAUACUACUUCAAUAAUUUAAAACAAGAAAACUCCAUAGGAGAAUUUUACUUUUUAAAAAAUAUAAAUUAUGGCAUUUACUGCUGGAAUUCUGUAUGCAAUAAAUAUCUCAAUGUUCACCAUUUUGAGCAUAACAAAAAUAAUUUUGAUUAUUGCCCUGGUUGUUACAUUGCUACUUACUGCUCAGAAAGAUGUAAAUUAACUCACUUAAUUUCCUCGCAUCAUAAUGUCUGUGUUUAUUUUAAGACUAUUCCUUCCUUCCUCAAGUUUAACUACCUAGAAGACGACCCUGCCUUCGACCAAAUGAAAUACUUAAACAUCUUUCAGCACAUUGACACUUUCGACAGGGGGAAUGACGUGUACCAGAUUAUCUACUGA